GAGCAGCGGCGCGAGCUCCCGGGGCGCCGCGCUCGCCCUGCACCCAGGUCCGCCAUCUGCACCACCAGCCAAGCCGAGCAGAUGGGCGGAGAGGAGGGAGCAGUUGGCGUGGCCGAGUCGCGGCUAUUGAUCGUGGCUUCUGGCACCCGUGCUGCUGGUGGUGGGGUCUGUUUUCAUUGAUGGUUCCUGGUUCAUUUGCCGGCGAGGCUCGUUGGGUGUUACUUCCUGAUAAGCUGCAAAAUACUCCUGGCGUUUGCUUUCAGUUGAGGGUGGGCAGGCGAAGAAGCAUAUUUAACUUCUGGAGAAAACAUUGCUUGUGAUCAGCUGAGGAUAGUUCCUGAAAGUGAAAGAAACUGAAGAACAAAAACACCAAAAUGAAGCACUUCCUGAGAAUGCUUGUCCAGGUUUGCCUGUACUUCUAUUGCAAAUGUUUAUGGCGCUGCCUGAAAUUCGUGGUGAGGAAACUGACGGGACGCUGCGAGUUGCAAAGGAUCUGCUACAACACAAAGCCUGGCGCUGGCAGAACUAUGAAAAUCGAAUCGUCAUUGAGAAGUUCAAAAAACAAGUUGCUCCAGAAUUCAGUCAGUGUUCAUCCAGAUGCUAUUGAAAAAACUAUAGAUACCAUCAUGGAACUGAAGAGGAUUAACCCAGAUGUAAAUCCGCAGCUAGGUGUCUCUCUGCAGGCCUGCCUCCUACAGAUUGUAGGGUACAGGAAUUUGAUUGCAGAGGUUGAAAAACUGCGUAGAGAGCCUUAUGAUUCUGAGGAUCCCCAGCAUGAAGAAAUGCUUCUGAAGCUAUGGAAAUGCUUGAAACCUGAUUUCCCAUUGGAAGCUCGGAUUUCCAAGCAGUGGUGUGAAAUUGGUUUCCAAGGUGAUGAUCCUAAAACAGAUUUCAGAGGAAUGGGCCUCCUGGGGCUGUAUAACUUAUUAUAUUUUGCUGAAUGUGAUGCUGCUGCAGCUCAGCAAAUCCUCUCUGACUCCCUUCAACCAAAAUACAGGGAAGUCACUAAAGAGGAGCUAAGCAAAUUCAGCAAGGCUGAGUGGGAGAAGAAAAAGUUUGAUAAGGCCAUUGGCUACUCUUUUGCUAUUGUUGGCAUUAAUAUCACAGACCUUGCAUACAACCUGCUUGUGAGCGGUGCUCUGAAAACACACUUCUACAAUGUUGCUCCAGAGGCUCCAACGUUAUCCCAUUUCCAACAGACAUUCUGCUAUCUGAUGCACGAAUUCCAUAAAUUCUGGAUUGAGGAGGACCCCCUGGACAUCAUGGAGUUCAACCGCGUGCGAGAGAAGUUCCACAAGCGCAUUCUCAAGCAGCUCCAGAAUCCAAAUAUGGCCCUCUGCCCUCACUUCGCUGCCUCAGAAAGCCUGAUCAACCUGUAGCCGUGAAACUUGGUUUGGUUUUUUGAAAACACUGCCUCAUUCUUGUGUUAUGCCACCAUCCUAGAGAUAAAAUCGCUAAUGUAUUGAAUGACCAUAGCGAUGGUAUGCAUGCUUCUUGGUGCAGUAUUCAUCUCUCUCGCGCGCUCUCUUUUUCCAGCCAACUCCUCAUACUGCUUCUUCUGGGGGGGGGGGGUUGUCAUAAAGAUGGGAGAGCUCAUAUUGCGGCAUUUUGCAGUGUUAAGACAUUAUGAAUUGAUGUCCUGUAUGAAGAAGUUUGCUUUUUCCCCUGGGUUUUUUUUUAGACUUCCCCCACCAUUCUCCUUGUGCCACCCCAUAAUUCAGCAUUUAAUUAAAAGAACGGCAUUUCUCUAGCUGUUGGGGGUGUUUUGUAUAUGUGGAAUAUUUGAGUUGAAAAUUUGUAUUUGUGGACUGCUUUUGUUCUCUGAUAGCUAAGAACGUGUGUUUUUUUUAAUU